AUGACUCUCUCAGAUUCAUGGCACCCUCAAAGAAGCACCCAAGCUCACAACCAGGAACUGGGCAUCCUAUCCAACUGGCCCACAGCCGUGAAACACCUCAAUGGUACCAUAGCCCCAGAGGACAAGAAGUACAACUGUGCUCUCAAUGGUGAAUUAUGCACCAUCCUCCAGAGUAGUGCUCUGCUCACUGGAACCAAUAAUGUCAACUAUCUAUUUGUAUGCCCAGCCAACUUGGAGCCUUGGAAGUUGCACAAUCUCUAUUGCAGACUGAAGAAGGACCUCAUGAAGAUGGAGAAGAUUGCUGAAUCAACUUUGCUCAAUGAAGUUGGAAAGAUUUGCAUGUUCCAAGUGAACAUCUGCAAGCUUAUGGCUGACAUCAAUGAGCACUGGGCCAAAGCCAAAUCCAUGGGCCAUGUGCUCCCUGAGAUCCUCAAGGUCAAGAUGCUCAUAGACCAGGCUCAGUAUGUCACUUCUUACCAUCACUGUAUUGUCACUCUUGAAGACACUGGAAUGGCAUCAAAUUAUGAGAUACUAUGUGCUGCACUGUCUAGAUGCCAAGACAGCAUGACUGCUCAAAUGGACCACAGGGCUGGCGACCUCAAGACUGCUCAGGCAAACUUAGCCAAUGGGCAAGAUGAUUGGUGCAACAUCACCUCUGCCUACCAUGCCUCCCUGGAUUGGCAACCCAUGAACUGGAUUGUAGACUCAGGUGCCACCAAUCAUGUCAUAAACAAGAAAUCAAAUCUUAUUUCCUCCACUCCUUGCACUGGUUUUGUGAAGACUGCAAGUGGAAUGAAGAUUCGCAUCAUGGCAAUCAGUCAAGCUAUGCUCAAUGUAAAUGGUCAUGAAGUACUGCUUGAUAACAUACUUUAUGUUCCAGAUUUGGACACAAACCUGAUAUUGGUAAAAGCAUUAGCAAACAAUGGUGCAUGUGUGACCUUUGACUCUAAGCAUGUGAUUCUGGAACUACAAGAUGGUAUGACCAUUACCAGUGAUCUCAACUCCCACACAAGACAUUAUGAAAUCUCUCAACCACAGCAAGAAGCAAUGUUAACAUACCCAGACAAUGGAUUAUCUGGAUUACCCAAAACAUUUGAUGAUGAGACAAAAGCUGAAAGACACAAGUUCACCCCAGGUUUCAUGCAUGAGCGAUGCAGCCACUUGGGGCGGAACAAGUUGAAAUUGAUUGAAAAGCUGUACAAAAUCAAACUCCCAAGCUGCAAAUGCCAAGACUGCAUCAUUGGCAAGUCGACCAAAGCCCAAAUGGGCAGGGGAAGUGGUGCCCAUGCCAAGGAACCACUGGAUUUGGUGCAUGUCGAUCUGGCUAUGCACUGGUCCACAAAGACUGAGGUCACAUGCCUGUUAGUUGCCAUUGACGAUGCCUCAAGCUUCAUGUACAUGAAGCCACUCUGGGCCAAGUUGGAUGCACUACAGGUAUUAAAGGAAUGGAUUCAUUAUGCUGAGGUGCAGACAGGCCACAAACUUAAAACACUUCACUCAGACAAUGGGGGCAAAUGGAUCUUAGUGGCUGCCAUUAGCUGGCAAAAUGAGGCAGGGUUUUGCUGGCAGAAAACAUCGGCCUACACCAACUUUUGGUUGCCUUGCAUGGGUCAAUGUUCCCAAAGCGAAAUGCAAGAAGCUUGA